CUCUCCUGGUGGCUCGUCUUCGUCCCCUUCUUCGCCGCCGACGGGCUCAGCACUUACUUCACCACCAUCGUCUCGGUGCGGCUCUUCCAGGACGGUGAGAAGCGCCUGGCCGUGCUGCGGCUCUUCUGGAUCCUCACCAUCCUCAGCCUCAAGUUUGUCUUCGAGAUGUUGUUGUGCCAGAAGCUGGUGGAGCACACGCGGGAGCUCUGGUACGGGCUCAUCAUGUCACCCGUCUUCAUCCUCCUCCAGCUCCUCAUGAUCCGAGCCUGCCGGGUGAACUGA